GGAAAAAAUAUUGGAGAAUGGUUUGGACCCAGUACGAUCAGUCAAGUUAUACAGUAAGUGUGGGGUUAAUAUAUUUCUUUUCACAUAAUUAAUAAUGGAUAAAAAAAGAGCCUUAGUAUCUGAUUUCGCGCCAGCUAAUCUAUCGGUAUAUAUUGCAACGGAUGGAGUUAUAUAUCGAGAUGAUGUACAAGACGUAGCUACGGGGAAAAAACCGAGAGGGGAUUUUUCACAUCUAAUUACCAGAGUAUCUUCAGAUGAAGGAGGUAGACAAGAGGCUAAAAAUUUAUAUGAGGCUAGCAAUAAUGACGACGCAGCAACACCAGAUCGAAGAGACAGUGAAUUUAAGCCAGUUCUGAUAUUAGUGGCACUUCGGCUUGGAAUUGAUUCGCUUCAUCCAACAUAUUAUCCCGCUUUAAAAGCAUGCUUUGAGAUUCCUUCUUUUGUAGGUAUUGCAGGAGGUCGACCUAACUCUUCCUUGUAUUUUAUUGGUCUUCAAGGCGAUGACCUGAUCUAUUUAGACCCUCACUUUUCAAGACCUGCAUUGGAAACAAAGGGACUAUCUGAGUAUACAAAGGAAGAUUUUGGAACAUACCACUGUACAUUACCCAGAAAAAUUAACAUUGCCAAUUUGGAUCCGUCCAUGUUGCUUGGGUUUUAUUGCAGAACGACACAAGAUUUUGAUCUAUUGUGUGACCAACUUGAUCUGAUUUCUCAAAAACAUAGCGCUAUUGUGUCUGUACAACAAAGCGCACCUGAAUAUGAUGAGGAUGUUCGAAGUGAAAAUGACUUUGGUGUUUUGAGCGAUGAAGACGAAGAACUGUCUGUAGACGAUGAUGAUCAUUCCAUCUUUUAAAAAAUAAAAUAUAUCUUUUUUGUGUAGUAUUAAUUAA